CUCUUCCUAUUCUGUAUAUGUGUUUUUCCUUUGCCUUUGGAACAAAAAAUAAGUUCUUAUAAUCGAAGAGAGAUGAAAAUUGUUCUAAUGUUCUAAUGUUCAUGUAAUGAACUAAAGAAAUCAAACGAAAACUCAGUCUUCUUUUUCUAUUUUAUCUUCUUAUUUCUUUUUUCUUUUCUUCUUCUUUUCUUUCAUUAUCUUCAAUCAAAGUCAAUUCUCCAAUGAAAUGAAGUUACCACAUUUAGUUAAUUCUAAUCAUAAACUUUUCACCUUCACCAUCAACAUCAUCAUCAUCUUAUCAUUAACAUCGCCAUCAGUUGCAUUUAUAUUAAGUGAUAAUGGUCAACAAGACAUUAGAACAGAAACAACAUCAGCACAAUACGAAUCAUCAACAUCAACAUCAUUCUCAUUAACAUCAACUCCACCAUCAACAACAACAGUAUCACAAUCAGUUCCAACUCCCCAACCACCAUUACCUUUAGCAGAAUUACAAUUAAGAUUAGAAUAUAUCAAAAUUAAAAUAUUACAUAAAUUGGGUCUUAAUAGAGCUCCAGCAAUUAGGACAACAAUGGACCAUGAAGCAUAUACACAAUUACUGGAGCUUCGACAAUUACAUUCAGAUCCUAAUAAAAACCAAGCAACUCGAACCAAUCAUUAUGAAAUGGAUCAAAUGAAUGCUGAUGAUGAAAGUGAUAAAUUAUUUCUUUUACCAAUCAAAAGUGGCUUUUCAAGUGCUACUUUCAAUAUGACUCUUGAUAUUGAUAUAACACGUUAUCCUUUCCGUAAAGUGACCUUAUUCACAAGAUCAAGUUCACCACCACCAUCAUCACCAUCACCACCAUCAUCAUCAUCAACACCAUCAACAUCUUCAUCUACCUCAUCGUCAGCAUCCUCAUCACCUUUAAACAAUUCAAGUUAUGAGACUUAUUUUGAGCAAAUCAAACCAAUUAACAAUGGAGUCUCAAACCCAUUGAAGUACACAGAUAAUACUCUUAAUGAUGAAUAUGAAUGGCGGGAAUAUGACAUAACUAAAUUAAUUACUAAAAACAAAUGGAAUCCAUUGAAAGGACAGCCCAUGAUUGUCAUUGAUACUGAACCAUGCAAAUUACAUUCAGCAUUAAUGACAAUUGAAUUUAAUUACAUUUCGGCUACCAGAAGAAGACGAAAGGUUGAUUGUAGUUCAAUUAAAAACACAUCAUCAUGCUGUCGAGAAAGUUUCUAUGUUAAUUUUACUCAAAUUGGUUGGGAUAAUUGGAUUGUUCAACCUCCAGGUUACUAUGCUAAUUAUUGCAAAGGAAAAUGUGAUAUAUCACAUGCUCGUUAUCACCAUACGACUGUUGUACAAAAAUACUCGACAAUAAUCAACUUAUGCUGCUCUCCACGAGAAAUGUCCAACAUAUCUUUAAUCUAUGUUAAUGAAGGUGGUUACCUAUUUCAGAAAAAUUUGGCUAAUAUGGUUGUUGAAUCCUGUGAUUGUGCUUAAUAGGAUGGUGAUAAUUAUAUUAUGUAAUCAUGAUUAGUAAAUUAUAUAAAUUGAAACUUUGUUUUUUUGAUACAAUUUGGAAAA